UAGCAAAGGUGGGUGUUAUAGGUUAGAGAAUGGUAAACAAAUUAAGCCAAGAAGAAAGAGACACCAACCAAAGCCCCAACUCAUUCCUUUUUUGCACAUUUUAGGAAAAGAUUCGGUGGGCCAGCACACACUAUAUAGAUAUAGAGACGAGAAGAGCAAGAAAGCGAAGAAGAGAAAGAAGGCGCUGGAGGAGUGAGAAGAGAACGUCUACAAAUUUGGUGUUUCUAGGACCAUUAUUGUGUCAUCUGGGAUGGAAAUGGAAUUGCAGGAAAUGUUGGCAGAACUACAUAUGCACAAUGAUAAAGAGAAAACUCUGCAGACAUUGACUGUUUGCAAGCAUGCCUUUUUUGAUCUGACAUAUAUUUCUCCAGUGGUAUUUUUAUACCUUUUGAAAGAAUGUUAUAUUCAUGGGACAUGUAAAGCAACUAAGAAGUUCCGAGCUCUUCAGCAACAAGUCCAUUUAGUAUUGCAAAAUAGUCCCCCCUGUGGACCAGCUGUGUUUGUAGUUCAGUGUCUUUAUGUCUUGCCUACUUUUGGGUUAUACAGUGAAGGAUUCAGCCAUUUAAUAAUAUCUGCUCUUCGUCGUUUCUUGAAAGUAGCAGCUACCUCUGAGGACUUGGCAGAAGCAAAAAUGCUAGCAGCCCAAUUAUUUCUCGAUAUUGUUGGGAGCUCUGUCAAUCAUGAUGAAGGGGUAGUUGUAAAGAUACUUGAAACUUUCGAUGUUCAAUUGCAGAACAUUGAGAAAGUAAUGUGUCCAUUGAAAGAAAAAGAUGAUUAUAGUUUUGACUCAGCAAAAAGAUUUGUCGAGCAAUACAUAUAUGAUUUGAUAGAUUGUCAGUCAUAUAUGAAUGCAGUUACACUUUUAGAACACUUUUCCAUCCGCCAGUCUGGGGAGUCUUUUCUUGAUACUAUGAUGCGAAAGAAUGAAUUCAAAGCAGCAGAGAAGUGGGCAACAUUCAUGGGGAAGCCAUUAUUAUGUGUUCUUGUCAAAGCAUACAUUGACAGGAACAUGCUAAACAAUGCUUACCAGACUAUAAAGCAAAACAAUCUUCGACAGGAAUUUCCUGAUGUUUAUCAUAAGUGUAAAGAGAGCUCACUGAAGAAACUGGCAGAAAAAGGAUGUUGGGAUGUUGCAGAAGCUAGAACAAACAACAACAGACAACUUCUUGAAUAUUUGGUCUAUUUGGCUAUGGAAGCUGGUUAUAUAGAGAAGGUUGAUGAACUCUGUGAGCGGUACUCGCUUGAAGGGUUUUUAAGUGCCAAAGUACCCGAGGCAAGUCUUCUCCAUAGUCGCUAUUUGAAUCUCAAUGAGUUCUUUGUAGAAGACAUUAUUUGGGUCGAUGAUGCUGAAGCUCUACACAAUGCAACAAGCCACAUUGAAGGAUGUAAAGUUGUUGGUAUUGAUUGUGAAUGGAAACCGAAUUAUGUAAAAGGCAGCAAACCCAACAAGGUUUCUAUUAUGCAAAUUGCUUCUGAUAAGAAAGUGUUUAUCUUGGACCUGAUAAAGUUGUUUGAAGACGUGCCUGACAUUAUGGACGACUGUCUAACCCGCAUUAUGCAGUCACCGAGGGUUUUAAAACUUGGCUAUAAUUUUCAAUGUGAUAUAAAGCAACUGGCUCAUUCAUACGAAGACUUACAGUGUUUCAAGCAGUAUGAAAUGCUACUUGACAUCCAAAAUGUAUUUAAAGAACCUCGUGGGGGUCUAUCUGGGCUUGCUAUGAAAAUAUUAGGAGCUGGGCUGAACAAAACUAGACGAAACAGUAAUUGGGAGCAACGUCCUUUAACUCCAAAUCAGCUGGAAUAUGCUGCUCUAGACGCUGUUGUACUAGUUCACAUUUUUGGCCAUGUUCGGAAUCAUUCUCAGACCGCCAGUGAUGCAGAGGGACUCGAAAAAUUUGAGUGGAAAUCCUAUAUUGUUUCUCACAUGGACAAACUCAAGAAACCGAAGAAACAAAACAAACGAGAAUUAGAAGCUAAUAGAAAGACAGGCUGAUAAUCUACCUUGCGGCCAAGUAAUUUGUAAAUACUAUGACCUACUCAGCUGUAAAUAUACCCUCUUUUUUUUUUUUUGUUAAUUUAGGAGUGAUGAAGAGUUUAUAUUCUUCAUAUCUCAAUUGAAACAAAACCAUUUGCAUUGGUACUUUGGUGGAUAUCAUUCAUGGCUUAAAAAUUUACGGUUAAAGAAAUAAAUAAAUAAACGGUUCUUUAGCCUA